ACAACCAGUUUAAUGUUGACAUCCUUUCGGUUUUCUCGGGUGUUUGGUCCAACUCUUUCCAACAAAGAUGGACUGAGUCGCAGACUCACAUUCACAGAAGGCUAUGGACAUGACCAAUGAUGUAGGUACUUGUACACUGACCUAUGAGAGUGCUGCCCUUGGAUACAGUGAUUUUCCAUUGACAGAGGAACCAGUGUAUCUUCUGGGCAUAAAGUACAGUGCUUUAUAUGACAGGGAUGACUUAAAGAAAGAUUUUCUAUCCAGGAUAUGGUGUACUUAUAGGAAAAACUUCCCAGCCAUUGGUGGGACAGGUCCAACCUCAGAUGGGGGAUGGGGAUGUAUGUUACGGUGUGGACAGAUGAUGCUUGCCCAGGCUCUGGUGGUCAGGCACCUAGGGAGAGAUUGGAGAUGGAAUCCACACUGCCAUGAUGAAAGAUACAAAAGAGUUCUACAAAUGUUUGCUGACAAGAAAAGUGCAAAUUACUCCAUUCAACAAAUAGCAUCCAUGGGAGUUUCUGAAGGUAAACAAGUUGGAUCUUGGUUUGGACCAAACACAGUGGCUCAAGUUUUAAAGAAGUUAGCUGUGUAUGAUGAGUGGAGUUCUGUUGUGAUUCAUAUAGCCAUGGACAACACUGUUAUAGAGAAUGAUAUCAGGAGUGUUUGUAAAGGAAAUGAACAAAGUGACUGUGAUAUAAUUGGAGUUAGACAAUUAAAACAUAAUUCUGCUGCCACGGGACAAAGCAAAAGUUCUAGUCAAAAUUCCCAGAACCAAAACAAAAACAAACAAAAUACAGUGAAUGUCAAAAGUUGGAACCCACUUUUACUUGUAAUUCCAUUACGACUUGGAUUGACUGAAAUUAAUUCAGUUUAUGUGCAUAGUUUAAAGGCUUGUUUAAGUUUUCCACAGAGUGUGGGUAUCAUUGGAGGCAAACCAAACCAUGCCCACUGGUUUGUUGGUUAUAUGGGGGAUAAACUGAUUUACCUUGACCCCCACACUACGCAGCCCUGGGAGGACCUAGACAGCCCAGACUUCCCCGAUGACAGCUACCACUGUCCCUUCCCUUCCACAAUGAAUGUCAUGGAUUUAGAUCCUUCUAUAGCACUGGGUUUUUACUGUGGAACAGAAAAAGAGUUUGAUGAUCUCACACAGAGUGUUCAGAAGUUUGUUGUCAGCUCCAGUAAAAACCCCAUGUUUGAACUGUACAAAGAUAGACCCCAUCACUGGCCUCCGUAUGAACCAUAUACUGCCCAGUCAGCCAGUGCAACAGGAUUUACUAUGGUUGAAGGGCUUGAUACAGACGAAGAAUUUGAACUCAUUGGAUAACUACAAAGGUUGUUGGUGGAGCCUUCAAUGGGUGGACAGAUCCAGUGAGAUAAUUUUUACCAUAAGUUAACUUUAAAUGUGCCUGUCAUGAUAAAGGACACAAAGAGCCGAAAUUGUGAUAUUUAUUGUAUAACCUUCUUUGUGAAAACCCUCUAUACUGUUGUAUGUUUUGCAGAACCUUAGAGUUAUUUCUAAGAGUUCAAAUAUAUCCAUGUAAAUUAUAUAAGCUUACUUCCAGAAGAAAUUAACUUGUACAUGUCACUAUCAAGAGAAACUUGUACAUGUCACUAUCAAGAGAUCAUUGUGAAAAAUCAGUAACUAACCAUGCUUCAGAUACCUGUUUUCUGUAUCCGUAAAAGCUUUUAAAAGUGCACUUUAAUGAUGUAAAUUCUGUCAUUGCUAUUUAAUUGUGCUUAAUGUAAAUAUGCAAAAAAUUAUACUUUUUUCUGCUCAAUAUAUAUUUUGUUUAAAAAAAUUCGAAUAUUAAACUUGUUCAAUUAUUAGGAUCUGUUAGCUUGACUCCAUGUAUUACUAUGGAUUAAACACUUGUAGAGAGAAUACAAAUCAUAAUUCACAUGACUUAUAUUACCGGUAUUAUAAUAUGCAAAUAUUGCUCAGAAAUAGGUUUAUUAGUAUAAACUGUAGUUUAAUACACUAUUCUGUAAGUCUUUGUUCUGUUUUAAGGAUAUUUUAAUUCAGUAUGUUGCAAGAUGAAAUGUGUUAAUUUAAGAUAUUGAUUAAAAUAAAGAUGUGUUAAUUUUGAAA